AUGGCCGCGCCGGCGCCGAGCGAGGCGGACGAGACCACCGUCUCCCUCCUCGACGUCGCCGCCCCCGUCGACGACGCCCCAAACUCCGAAACGCCGCCGCCGAAAACGCGCCGUCUGUACGUCCUCGUCGACUGGCGGCACCGCGAUCGCGCGUUCGACGUCCUCGCGACCGACGGCGACGGCGCGAGGGCGUGGCGCGGCACCGCGCGCGAGCCCGCGAACGCGCCGUUCCCGGACUGGCACGAGCGCGCGGUGAUGGCGCUGGCGGGGAUCGACGCGAGCGAGCGCUUCGCGUUCGAGUUCGCGUUCGGCGACGACGACGGCGCGCUGCGCUGGCGAUGGCACGAGGCUGCGGGUGCCCAGAUUUCGAACGCCGCGACUACGACCAUCUCGACGCCGCCGCCCCCGCCCGCGCGCGUCGCCGCGCCCGCGACCGCGAAGGGCGCGCGCCGCGUCGGCCAAGUCACCCUGAAGCGACUCGCGCCCGCGGACGCGCUGGGCGCGCGUCACGUCGUCGGCCGCGUCCUGUGCGCGUACGCGACGCAGCAGACGUCGCAUCGGCGAAAGAUUAUUCGAUCGACGCGCGACGCGGCGGCGCGCGAAGAAGAGGCGAGAGAGACGCGGAAGGAGAUCAAGGCGUGGACGGACGCGAAGGACGCGUGGGAGAGGGAGUAUCAUCGCAAGGUGGCGCGGCUGAUGAACUCGAAGAAGGCGGAGCUGCGGCGGUUGGACGAGGCGCUGGAGGCGGCUCGCGACGAGAACGACGCGUUGCGCGCGAGAGUCGAAUCCGGCGGCGGCGGCCGCGGCGGCGCGUCGUCGGACGCGUCCUCGGACGACGACGGCGGCGACGAGGGGAUGGAGGACACGGACGACGAGCGGGAGGCGAUGAAAGCCGCGAAGGCGAAAGCCGCGGCGAGGAGGUACGCGGAGGUGCGCGGAGGAGGAGGCGCGCGGAAGGCGAAGGCGACGACGACGACGACGACGACGAAGCGCCGGAAGGUCGCCGGCGGCGCGUCGGCGGCGGCGACCGACCGACCGACCGACCCGCCGCCCGUCGCGCCGGACGACGACGCGACCGCGACGCUGCCGAUCGAGGGCGGCGGCGAUUCCCUGCGGACGGGAGCGUCCGGGAGCGUCCUCGACGACCUGCUGUCGGACGCGGGGGCGAAGCCGUCGCAGCCGCGGGCGCCGCCUCCGCCGCCGCCGAGUCGAUUGGGGGGGACGCGAGCGACCGUCGGGAACCCCGUCGGCGAAGGCGGCGGCGACGCGUCGGACGACGACCCGCUGUCGCUUCUGAACCCGACGCCGAGCGCCGCCGCGACGUCGGAAGUCGUCGAGACGCAACCGGCCGCGCGACAGUCGCAACAGACGCAAAACGCCGGCGUCGCCGGCGGCGGAAAGAGACGAAGAGGGCGCCAGGGCGGGAAGAACCCGUUCGAGGACAUGGACACGCUCCUGGGGGAUUUCUAG